AUGCCUACCUGCCCUGACGGUCUACCCCAUCACGCUUCAGCUGGCGGAGCCGCUGUUGUGGGUGAUGGCAAGUCCAUCAUCACUUAUGAGCGCAUGGGAUCCAAAAUCAGCCAUCUUGCACCACACGAAACCUGCCAUAUCUAUAUGUCUAUCACGAACCCGGAUAGCAAGACGGCCAAAUUGAAGAGGAUCCAAGUUGAAUGUGAGGGAGGAAAUGGCGGCAAAAUCAUGGGGACGUGGAUUUAUUUCGGCCAUCACCAUGUUCUAGAAGUACACGUCCCAAACGUCGACUCGGACUAUGAGAUCGUGCCUUCAAUAGGCCACCAAAUCCCCAACUCACAACCAUUCGGCACCAACGUCACGUUCGUGCUUCACUUGCCCAACCACGACUCGUUCAUCAAGAUAAUCUCUGUUGCUCUGGGAUUCGGUCACGAUCACGAGUCAGACCCUAGUUUGGAAGUCUCCGAAACGAAGGUGUUGAUAUCCGAGUAG